AUGAUAAAACAAGCAGCCACGGCUGGAUGCAGCUGGGAUGCAGUGCCUGUAAGCAGCGGGGCAACAGUAAGAAGCGCUCCAGCCACUGACUGCCCUCCCGGAGCUCAGCACGCAGCCGACACCGGGCCCGGCCCCACCCCUGCCAGCAGCAGCACGUGCGCUGCCGAGAAGGCCUCGGCCAGCCCUGGGCACAUGGAAAGAGACUCGUUGGGUGAGCCCCUCCUACCCGGAUUCGUCCGUGGGCGGUGCCCGUCAUCCUUCGGCCAAUGGGGCGGACGGCGCGGGGCGCGUCGCGCUUUCCCGUGGUGCCGCGCGGCGAGCGGCGGCAGGAGCGGCCGCGAUUCCAUCCGGGUCUCGGCGCGGCUGCGGGUCACCCUGCGGCAGACUAACUUGAAGGCCCGGAAGUGCCGCCCCCGGGCGCUCCUGAUUGGCGGCCCGGCCGCGCCGCCCGGCGGGGAUAGGCUACGGAUGCCGUCAGCGCCGGGAGAUGUGCUUCAUUCCAUGCGUGAGUGGGCAGUAGUGACUCCUAAUUUCUUUCAAGCUGUGUUUCUGGAUAUUUAUAUUCCUUCUGUAACGACAUGGCCAGAAAAAUACAUGAAAAUCAAACAUAAUAAUUGCAAAUGAAAUAAACCAGUAAUAUUUCAUGUUGUAAUUACUCAAAACCAGGAUGCUUUAUAUUAAAGCAAUUAAUUGUCAGUGGGAUGUAGAUUUUUUGACAAAGUUUGGCAUUUCUGGUGGAGACACGAGAUACGGACAUUAUUGAUGACUCUCCAAGGUAUUAAUCUAGUGGACACUUAGCCCUGCCCAGCUGCAUGGAUUUUGGUGCUGCUCAUAUUUGGAGUUAAAGCAUAUCAGUCCUUUGUGUGGCUGCACAUUUACACUUAACUCCAGUGUAUUGCUGCUAAGUUGACUACCGUGUCCAAAUAAAUACUAAAAAUAAAAUACAUACGAAAUAAAUACUAAUAAUACUGAAUUUUAAGGUGUUGGCCAUAAGCAGAUGACUCUUAGAAAGGCUUCUGGCCUUCAUCACUACAUCUUGCAUUCUCAUUAAAGCAUGUUUGCUUUCUUGGAUGGGGCCUAUUUUCACCGUAGGUGAAUUUGCUUGGCGCAAAGAAAAGAAAGUCCUAACUGUCAUACAUGAGUUUUGUUUAUUUGUUUUAAACUUAAAGCUUCAUCUUUUCUGCUGUACUUUAUUUUAUCCACUGAGUUUUUAAAAGUUGAAUUUAAACAUUAGAGUGAAAUAGUCUUUGGUAACAAGCUGUUUACAAAUGGUCUUUUUGUAGAAGGACGUACUACAGCAUUAUAUACCUCAAAUUGAUGCAUCUGUUUAUCCAUAUAACAACAGAUGUCAGUAAAGCACAGUUAGGAUAAGAAGUGUUGCCUCUACAAACAUCCUUUCAGCUUCAGGUUAUUCUGUGCUGCAAAAUUGACAAAAUCAAGUGGGAGGAUAAAGCAUUCAUCUUUUAGGGUCACACUGAAAUGAAAUGGAACUUUCAUUAUAAGAAGUCAUAUUUUAUCCCUUCCACGCUGUAAGGGAUACAAACUAUAACUAUAGCUUGAGCUGUUUUUCCUUCUGUUCACAGGUUACAGACUGAUUAAGAAUGCUGCUGUUGUACUGUGUGUUACUGAGAACAUGUAAAUUCCAGUGGCUUUUUUUCUUAUACAGCUUAUAACUGUUCCAGAGGUUUCAAAUAUAUACAGGUAGUUCAGGAAAUUCAAGUGAAGCAUUCUUCAGAAAGCUAGUGCCUCUUUAGAUUCUACUUGGUCACUUCUCUAGGAUGCUAAGUAGGAGUAAGGCUCCAUCAAGACAAGCACAGUAUUAAGAAAAAAGUACAAUCCAAAACUGAAUAGAGAUGGGUUUUUAACUCACACUAAAGAUAGCUUUUGUUUCAGUAAUUAUGUGAUCUUAGGCUCUUUUGGAAGGAGCCAUGAGAUGUGGAUGUAGUGUGUGACAGCAGUAAAGGGCAGCUGAGGGGAAGCAAUGUGGAGGAUAAUUAAGUUUGCCCUAAUCACACUAUUGUGCCUCCAAUCCCCAACACCCCCCCAGUCCAAAGAAAAGCAAGUUUGCAAGUCUGCACAUACUCACUGUGGAAGUUCGAUGUGUGGGAACUUCACGUGCAGCUGGAGAAGGUGGCAGGAAUUCCCUCACCAAAAGUGUCAGUGGGAGUCAAAGUACAGCUCCAGUGCAGGUGAUGCUACUGCAAUUACAGGGCAAAAGCACCAGACGUUGGCGUUAGUGCUUGUAAUGCGAAUGCUAGAGCUUUACCACGCGGUUAAAGCUGUGCACUGUGCACAGGCUGGGCCCUCAGCCCUGGGCUGCAGAUCAUUGGAGGAAAUUUUGGUAGUGAACUUGGUCAGCUCCAUUUGAUGUUCCAUAAUUGCUGCACAAUUACAGUGCCGUUUUCUUCACUUCUACUGCUUUGCAUAUUUUUAAAUACAAACACGUGGUGACUGGAAAAACACUAAUUUGAACACAGGAGUUGGUAAAGUUAACAAACAUGUAUUUCUUAAAAUACAAAAAUCAUGAAUGUUUACUGCUAAAGUAGUGAGCGUGCUGGUGGCAGCACAGGUUUGCUGUACUCAGGUAUGAUAUCAUCAGCAUGGUGACUUCAGCGCAAGGAUGUAUCCAUAGCAGAUUCACACAAAGCUGAGAAGAUACCAAAUCAGUAGAGGCUGUGCCAGGAGUAUAAUUUAUCAGGCAUGCAGUACAUCAAGCUUCUCUGCCCACCUGUGCCAGGAAUAUGUAAUGUGUAACAUCAGGGCAGCCUGGCAGAUCUCACUCCUUGAAAAGACAAUGCAGCUUAGGUGAGACGGGUUUUAGGAGCUGACAGAAAUAACCAUUAACUGUAGAAGUGGUGUGAAGCACAACACUGCUGGGUUAGACUGCAUGAAUGUCACACAACACCUUCAAGAGACAGUUUGGACUAGAAUUUUUGAUUAUUUUAAUUCUGUACCUUUCUAUUAUUAAACAGAAUAGUAAAAAAGACAGUAAGUACCUACCAGAGUAACGUACCAUCAAUAAAACUGCUUUUCUCCUGUAGCUAAAAGGCAGGAUACAUGAUGAUCUUUCAUAAGGUGUAUUUGUUGCAGAAUGAGGUUUUCCUAGUGCCCUGUGUGCACUUCACCAUCGAUCUCAAGCCAGACCGUUGCAUAUAACCACAAGAUAACAAUUGGACGUCAUUCAAAAUAUUUUUUCAAGGACAUUUUUGACCUUAAGUAAUAGAUAGGCUUUCCAGACCUGUAAUGAUGAAAGGAUCUUGUUUCUGGAAG